CGCCAAUAUAAAAAAUUGUAAACAUUCACACAUGUUAUUUCGUUGUGCACAUGUACAGCUCCCAAAAAUCAUUUAUAACGAACAGUAUUUACCGAUAUUUUACCUUGAAAAAAUAGAAUAAUCUGGCAAUGUUCAUUGAUAAAAGAUACUUGGGAUGAAGUAGGUUAAAAUGGAUGUUGACGAAGUUAUGAAAAUAUAUGAGCAAGGAGGCUCAGAGGAUGAAGAAAAACUGCUGAAAAUGUUGAAAAAAAAGGUAGACGAGGCUUUAGACAGAGGAUUUCACCAGGGAAUGCAUCACAGCACAUUAUUUGAGACGCUGCACAAGGAAAAGGCGAUUUUGGAACUGCACACUGGCAACAACGACAAGGCCAUUGCUUCGUUUCUCGAGUCAUGCGGCUCCUCAGCAAGACAGAAAUUUUGCAGCAGGAUGGACGAAACAAAAUUCCCUCAAACAAAACCAUCUUCGGCUAGUGAGACGUCUUCAGAAUUGGAUGAAAUAAUACCGAAGGGAUUUGACGAAGAAUUGAUAAACUUCUCAAUGGACCCAAUGGAUUUCAAACAGCGUUUACAAAAUUUGCCUUCAGACUGUGUCAUUGUGGAAAUUUCGGAAGUCUUUCCAGGACAGAGGCAAUGUCCCCCCGAAGUCAAGGCUAGACCCCUUUGCGUUAUUCGCUGCAGCUGUGGAGAAAAUACCGACUACAUCAGCCAGUGCAUUGCGAAUCCCCAUCCUUUGCCUGCUGCAAGAAAUUCAGAUAUUUUGGUUGAACUCAAGUCAAUCAUUAAAGAGCACGCAGCUCUGACCACCUCUUUAAUAAGAUGCAAUUACAAAGAUGAUAAAUUGCUCAUGGAGGAGCGGUUUCAGAUUGUCAUGGAGGCUGUUCGAGAUUGGCUUGGGCCAUGGAGAAGUAUGUUCUUGGGAAGAAUUUUAGACAAUCACGUGCUCAAAAAUUGGGACAAGAAAAUUGGUCAGCUUGCAAGCAAGCUAGAAAUUGCUGAUGCGGACAGAGUUAAAUUCUCCCUCCUGGCGCAAUGCUCGAAUAUCUUCACCAAAGUGGAUCUGGUGCAAGGUCUGCAGAAAAUUAUUCCUAAAAAUAGCAGCAACAAAGCAAAAUUUAUAUUGGAUGCUUCAAAACAAAUGAAAAAGCUCUCGGAGGAGUUCUUUGGUACAAAUUUAGAGUCGUUUACGGAAGUGGAGAGGCACCCGGUUAUUCUCAUUGCAGACAAAAGCGUCUUCAUGGUACCAUGGGAGCAGCUAGACAUUCUCCAGACCCAUCCUAUUUCCAGAAUGCCAAGCUUAGCCAUGACCCAUGCAGUUUACAUGGCACCAAGAUCCCAGCGCAAACUAGACUCGCGCUCGGCCUUCUUUGUUGUCGAUCCAGACAAGAAUCUCCCAGCAACGUCCAAGAGACUGAGACCUGUUUUGAAGGCAAGAGAGGAGUGGAUAGGAACCAUUGCAGAGCUGCCUGAGAAGCCUAUCAUUGCAAAGCAGCUACAAGAGAAUGACAUUUACAUUUACUGUGGCCAUGGUUCCGGCUCCCACUUGAUUGACUCUGAUCACUUCAAUCCGGUGAACUCGGCAGCAAUUCUCAUGGGCUGCAGCAGUGCCGAUAUUAACAAAAUUGGCAUCCACUGGGAAUCGCAGGGUGCCCCAUUGGACUUUCUUUUAGGAGGAAGUCCUGUUACUUUAGGGAUGCUGUGGAUUGUGACUGACACGGACACAGACAAGAUGACAGUACGCAUGUUGGACACUUGGCUUCCGCCUAAAGACACAAGAAACACUAAAUAUCGGAUGGAGCUUUGUACCCAGGACAAGUCAUUUGUGAAGGUUUUUGAGGACCUGACCCCGCAAAAGGGUGUUCUGAAGGCCCUACGUAGUGCCCAGAAAGCUUCUACUUCACAAAUUAUUGCAUCUGCUUUUAUAGCUCAUGGAGUGCCUGUUUAUGUAGGGCAUAAUUCUAAGUGAUAAUUAAUGUUCAAAAAUAGGGGCACGAGUACGUCUUUUUUUUUUUAAGUAUGUUGCAAAAAUAAAUUCAUAAAUUGUCCAUGUUCAUUAAUAUUUUAACUUUUGAGGGUUAUUGGAAGUUUAAAGAUCACAAGAUGAUAUUUUAUUGAGACAAAUAUAAUUUAUUCUAUGAAUUUAGUACAAUCAUAAUAAAUUUUUUGAAAUAAUUUGAUU